UCGCUUUGUCAUUUUCUUUUAUACCAACAAAGAUUCCUUGCCAAAGAACAGAAUCACCUUGAUUUCGUCUAAAGCCAAACGAGAAUUUCGCAAUCUAUUUAUUCGUUCUUGAUUAGAAAAAAAUCAUUUGUCGACUUAUGUCUCUCUUCUGAAUCAUAUGCACGUAUCAUAUCGUCGGUGGAUUGGAAUAUUCCACUCCCUCACCAUCGGAAUCAUAGAGCCAUCCUUUUGAUCAGAAUUAAUUGACAGUUUGGCAUCGAUGCUGAGUAUAAAUAUUGACCAACUCUGCGGUUUAAAAUGCAAUGUAAUGUCAGAUUCUGAAAUUUCGUUCAAGUUUAUUUGCGCUAAAUAACUCGUUUAGCAUCCACGUGAAUCGCCAACUCGUUUAUCUGUUGUCCGAAAUCGGUUGCCAAAUUAAAACUCAGAAAUCAGUUAGAAACAUUUUGAAAAUUCGCUAUUUAUCAUUUGUUUCGCGUCAACUUCAUAGUUGUUGUGUUGCAAAAACAUCUGAUACAAAGAGUUCGUGGUUUGGCCACCAGAGCACCGCAUACAUACUCAAUUAGUGUGUGAUAUGAGUGUAUUUGGCGUAAUGUCGCAUGCACACAUACACAAUAAACCAACAAAAAAAUCAUAACAAAUGGAUUGGUAUUCGUUCAGUAUCAUCAUUCGUGUGUCAAAAUAUUACAAAGCAGAUUUUCUUUUCGUUCAUAUUUGUUCACUUGGCUCUCUCUCUCAGUGUGUUGGCUAAAGUAAAAAUUGAAGUUUUGAGUGUGUAGCACAUAAAUAUUAGUUGUAAUCGUUUUUAUAUGUUCAAAUUUAAAUUUAAGUAAAAAUGAAAAAUUGAAACAGCACAUUUGGCCAACUAGUUUGUCAGAAAAAAAAUGUACUGAGAGCAGAGAAAAAAAAUUUGUCGUAUGAAUCGAGCAGAGAAGCAGAUAGCGAAGAGAAAAAAAAGAUCUCCCAGUUCUGUGUGUCGACUUACAUUGAAGUGAGACAAAACUGAAAGUCAUUGCGAUUACAAUUUUUUCGGUGGCGUGUUGUGGUUAGCCUUUGAAUUUUAAUUGCAAUUGUGUAAAAGACAGGGAGAAAAAAAACACGGGAAAAGUGAAGGAAAUUUACAUUUACGGUAUCGAGCAGAAGAGACAGUGCGUGUGAGAAGACAAAGAAAUGAGCGAGCUAACACCAGAAGAGAUGCGAGCACGUCGCUUGCGUCGUCUCGGUUUGAUUGGUGGAGAUACAUCGUUGACGGCCACAUCAUCGGCCGAUAAUCCAUCGCACGCCAAUACCACUACUGCUGAACUGACUGAAAAUCUUGCCAAAUCCUCAUCAAAUACUGCCGCUAAGAAUAUGUGUCCAGAGUUUGAAGAGCGCGAUGAAAAUCAGCAUAAGCAAAAAUUACAAAAGUUUGACAACGAAGUCGAUAUGGAAUUUGCACUGAACAAUAAUGAACCGUUGAGUCUGCGCAGCUCCGAUGCUAAAACAGUAUCGAAUCACUUAACACAACGAUCUCGUUUGUUGGACGAAAUUGAAAAGCAACGCAUUGAGAAUAAGCUCAAUCAAAAUGAAUCGAAACCGACUGAGCUUACACGCCAAGACGUUGACAUGGAGUCGGAAUAUAAUGCGCCGAACAAAUCGGCUGAAGGUGAUUCGGGUAUUGAAAAUAUGGAAACUGAUGAAUUGCCAGCCGCUGUGGAAUCAUCAUUGGUCACAAAAACACCGAUUGUUGAACUGGUUGUGCUGACACCAGAAGCAAAGGAACGCGAAGCCGAGAUUUGCUUGUCACGUAUUUUGGAUGCAUUUUGGCUUGAUCACUGCGAAGGUUCGAUUAUCGUUUCGGAAACGGCUACUUUCUACAAGGACAUCGUCAUUGACGAAGAGUAUCCGAUUCAGUUUGAUGAUUUUGCGUUUCAAAUCAUAACCGAAAUUGUGGCACAGUAUUUCGAUGGGAAGCGCAUCGAUUUCAAAGCGAGUGGAAGCGAUUCGACAACCAAAAACCCCUUGGCCGGUGUGGCAGUGGCAGGUGAAUCAGAACGAAUGGACACCAACGAAACGAGUUGCUCGACGACACCAAAUUUAAAACCACACAAUUUACCCGAUCACGGCGCAUUGACUUACUUGAUUCAAUCGUAUUUGCGGUGCCGUCAUGAACAAGAACGAUAUAGCACCGCUAGAAGUCGCCAAAAAUUCGAUUCGGUCGUUCUUGACGUUGUGGCAAAAGUGAAAAAGUUGCUGAUCUCAAGCGCCAAGCUCCUAUUGAACGGAACCAUGGUCAAACAGCUUCGAUCCAGUACACAUGCACAAACGCAUCGUUCAAUUCUAUUGAAGAUGAUGUAUGACGAUGCGGUGCCAUCGGAUUUUCUGUGCUUACUCAUCGAAGAAUCGCACAACGAACCGAAAAUAUUUGCCAAAAUUUUCGGAACGCUCAUACAAAAUCUGUAUGUGGAUAUGCAGAGCCGUGUUGUUAGCAAAAACAUUGACACAUCACCCAUUAACAUUUUGAAACAACUACUCGAAAUCACGAUCAACGGAAACAUUCGGCCAAUGUGUAAUUUGGUCUGUGGCCUACAGAAUUUCUGUCCGACUUUGUGCACCGCUACACAAGGUAGAGAAAUUGUUAAGGCAAGCUAUUUGGGACCAUUCUUAUCGCUGUCGGUCUUUAGCGAAGAAAAUCCAAAACUUGCCGAGGAUGUCGACGAAAACUGGGAAGAAACUUUUGGAAACAGUUUGCGAAUGCACUUGGACCAAAUGCGAAGCCAAUUGCAUUUGAUAUUCCACAGUUUGGUUCGAAGUCCCGAAAAUCGUGCUCAGGUGCUAAGAUUCCUAUCGCAAGUGCUGCUGAGCAACGAGAAACGUACACAAUUUCAUUCGGAAGAGAAGAAACUGGGUCGCGAUGGUUUCAUGUUGAAUGUUAUGUCUGUGCUACAAAAGUUGUCAAUCAAAAUUAAGUUGGAUCGUGUCGAUCCAAAGUAUCCAUUCAACAGCAAAUCAUUGAUAACCAUUGAAAAGGACACAAAAAUCCGCUUCGACGAUACGGAAUACAAGAAUUGGGUAUCGUCAGCAAUCAAUACUCGGAAUACGGACCCCAAUCCACCAAACUUUUCGACAGAAUGUUGGUUUUUGACGUUGCACGCACAUCAUUUGGCCAUCAUGCCAGCCAUCCAACGGUACAACAAGCGUUUGCGUGCAAUCAAGGAAAUCCGACGCAUGAUCGAAGAACUGAACAACACCAAAUCACAAUGGGAAAACUCAAUACAUCGCAUGCGAAACAAUCAACUCAUCGAACGUUUCACACAUCAAUUGAAAAAAUUAAACAAGGCGAAAAAAUGCUGUGAUGUUGGUCUGUUGGAUCCGAUCAUUAUCGACACCUGCAUGACUUUCUACAGUUCAGUUUGCGAAUUUAUUUUGUAUCAAAUGGAAGGUCGCGAUGUGGAUGGAUUGUUCAUGACAUCGAUUCGACCGCAACAACUCAAGCCAACGGCUGUUUUAUCCGCGUUGCCGGAAUGGUAUGUCGAAGAUAUCGCCGAUUUUAUUCUCUUCAACAUGCAAUUCCGACAGGAGAAAAUGUUGACACUGUUCGAUGACUCGAUUAAAACAUGGAUAUUGACAUGCGUUUGUGCACCACAAUGCAUUCGCAACCCAUAUGUGACGGCUAAAUUGGUUGAGGUUUUAUUUGUUAUUUCGCCCAGUGUCCAACCAAAUUCAGGUCUACAGUUCUCCGUUAUGAAUCAUCCACUCGUACAGACGGAUUUGGUUGGUGCUCUCAUGAAAUUCUACACGGAUAUCGAAACAACAGGCCAAAGUACUGAGUUCUAUGAUAAGUUUACUAUACGGUAUCACAUAAGUCAUUUGUUCAAAACAAUGUGGAAUAACCCAACACAGCGUCAGGUGAUUGUCAACGAAUCAAAGAAUGGUGCACAGUUUGUAAAAUUCGUGAAUAUGCUUAUGAACGAUACGACAUUUUUGCUUGACGAAUGUCUCGAGUACUUGAAGCGAAUUCACGAGACACAAGUAUUGAUGAUGGAUGAGGCUGCGUGGAAGGCAUUAAGCUCGGAAAUUCAACAAUCACGUCAACGACAGUUGAUGCAAGAUGAACGCCAGUGUCGUUCAUACUUGACAUUGGGUAAAGAGACUGUUGAAAUGUUCCACUAUCUCACCAUUGAUAUCAAAGAGCCAUUCCUUCGUCCGGAAUUGAUUGACCGUUUGGCAUCGAUGCUGAAUUUCAAUAUGCACCAACUGUGCGGUCCAAAAUGCAAUGAUCUGAAAGUUCGUUCACCGCAGAAAUUUGGUUGGGAUCCACGUGGAUUGCUCACCCGUUUGUUUGACAUCUAUCUUCACUUGAGCUGCGACGAAUUUGCCGCUGCCAUUGCUGCCGACGAACGUUCGUUUGACAAAAACUUUUUCGAACGAGUGGCCGUUCGCAUCAACGAAAUGAAACUACGAUCUUCGGUGGAAAUCGAACAAUUCCGAGAUCUCGUUGUUCGGGCUCAUGAUAAAUACGUUGCCAAUCAACAAAUCGAAGACGAUUACGCCGAUGCUCCCGACGAAUUCCGUGAUCCUCUUAUGGACACGUUGAUGACUGAUCCGGUAAUUUUACCAUCGGGCAAUGUUAUGGAUCGUUCCAUUAUCACGCGUCACUUGUUGAACAGCAGCACCGAUCCAUUCAACCGGCAGCCACUAACUGAAGAGAACCUCCGACCAGAUAAUGAACUCCGUGAACGUAUAUUGGCCUGGAAGCGUGACAAACGCGAAAAAACAAUCCAACUCAAUCCAAACGAUAAAUGUUAAAAAAAAAAACUCAACAAACAAGCAUCAACCAAUUGAAGAUUGAUUUAAAACAUUGGUAUUAGAAUUAAGAAAUCGUAUUUGAAAAACAAGAAAAUCGCUACAGAGAGAGAGAGAGGGGGGGAGAGGAUUCUUCUAAGUCGAUUGUUAUACUUAAGUUAUUAUCACAUACAGAAACAAACAAACAAUAGAUUUACUGAAUCACCCGAACUCACGUGUUAAGUUAAGCGAUAAAAAUACUAUGAAUCUGGUUAAAAACCGAACCCCUUCAAAAUUACUAAUUGUGUAUUCGAAAACCGAGUUUAAAACGUGAACAUUGCAAUCAUUACAAGAAGAAAAAAACAAACAUUAUAUUUCUAUUACGAUCCAUCCAAGAACCGCGCAUAUUUUUUCAUUUGCUUCGAAUUUUUGAUCGGUUCCAAAAAAGAAAAAACGCAGUUUUUUGGUCCUUCAAAGAAAAAAUUCGAUUUAUUUUUCACACAACUUUUUUGAGUAUUUUUCUUUCCUUUAUUUAUGUUGUAAAACAAAACAAAAGAUGGAACACACAGAAGAAAAAAAAUUAAAACGACUAUAAACGUAAA